AUGCCGCGCGCCGUAUCCUCACGCGGGGUGAACCCCAACUCUCGCUCUCAUUCCUCCUCUUCCGCACCUUACACCAUCUCGUCUGCCUCAGUCAGGCCUUCCACCACCGCCUCCUCGAGCAAGAAUGCAUCGGGCGUAGCUUUGGAUUCGCUGGGUACUCAGACUGGAACCAGCUCCGUUACAAAGAAUCCAAUCUUCAACACCGAUAGAUUUGGUCAGCACAUCCUCAAGAACCCCGGUGUGGCUCAAGCCAUCGUCGACAAAGCGAAUCUUAAAUCUACAGAUCUGGUGCUGGAGGUGGGACCGGGAACGGGCAACCUGACAGUGAGGAUAUUGGACGUUUGCAAAAAGUGCACAGUGGUGGAGAUGGACCCGCGAAUGGCUGCCGAGCUCACAAAGCGAGUGCAAGGCAGACCGGUCCAGCGCAAGUUGGAAAUCACCCUGGGCGACUUCUGCAAGAUUCCUUCGCUGCCAUACUUCGACGUCUGCAUCAGCAACACGCCCUAUCAAAUCAGCAGUCCGCUAGUCUUCAAAUUGCUAUCCCAUCGACCCCUUUUUCGCUGCGCCAUUCUCAUGUUCCAGCGCGAAUUUGCACUGCGCUUGUUGGCCAGACCCGGAAGCUCGCUCUGGUGCCGACUGAGCGCCAACGUGCAACUCUACGCCAAGGUGGAUCACAUUAUGAAGGUAUCCAAAGGCAGCUUCAGACCACCACCUCAGGUCGAGAGCUCCGUGGUCAGAAUCGUACCCAUCAACCCGCCACCUGAAAUCAGGUUCGAGGAAUUCGAUGGACUCAACAGGAUAGUAUUCAGCAGACGACACAAGAUAGUCCGCAGCUCGUUCACUGCAUCUGGUGUGGUCGAGAUGUUGGAGUCAAAUUGGAAGACUUUCCACUCAGAAAGAGAAAGGCAGCCAUUGGAUCUUUCGAAACCUUUCACGCAGCGAGUCGAGGACAUUCUGCAAGCUUCAGGCUACUCGGAUCAGAGAGCUGCGCAAAUGGACAUUACAGACCUCCUGCAGCUAUUGCACUGCUUUCACGAAGAGGGCAUCCACUUCUCUUGA